GAUAACAUACCGAUUGUUGGUAGCCUGACGGAGGAAGAAGACUUAACAGGAAGUGAUUUGCUGUUUUGGCGUCUCCUGCCUGCAUGCGUCUAUGGUCUAUGAGUGUGUCAACAGUUUGCUCCAGUGAGUGAGCCUGGUGGUAGGCUAUGGCUGGAAAUAUCAAGGACAAGGAAGCUUUUCAGAGACUGAAUUUCCUAUACCAAGCUGCACAUUGCGUAUUGAGCCAGAGUCCAGAAAACACAGAACUCGCUCGUUUCUACUGUUUCACCCAGAAAACCAUCGCACGUCGGCUGGUUCUUCGACAGGAUCCUUCCGUGAAGAGAACCAUUUGUAAGAGAUGCUGUGGGUUAUUGGUUCCUGGGGUGACGGGAACCCUCAGGCAGAGAAAGCGGAGAGGGAAGAGGAGUGUGACCGUGCUGCGGUGUCUGAGCUGCGGACAGACAAAAAAGUUGCUGAACAACCCCGACCAUCGCCUGUGGGUGGACCAGCCAGAGGCUCAGCUGGAGAAUCAGCCACAGCAGGGUGGGAUACUCAUUGCAGGUGGGAUUUUUCUCGUCCACAGAGGAGCCCUCCAGCCAGAAGAAGGAAGCUUCAGUUGCUGGGCCGUCCCAGAGCACAACCUCUGACCCCUCCAAAGGGAAAGCCCUGACACAACCGUGACAGGUCUCCCAGGACAACCCAGCUGACCUUGCGGACUGAUAUUUAACGCCUGGGUGAUGCUGGCUGGACCAUAGCAGUUGUUCAGCCUGUAGUCGCAGAGAGCAGUGUUGUUUUCUGAAGUUAUCGGUCUGUGAGCCUCUGGAUCGCCAAGAGCUGAAUUUUGAAUGGGGUCUUAUUAUGGGAUAGUGGAAGAUCCAUGGCUGCUGAUUAAUCCGUGUGUAGUUUACUCUGGUGUCUGUCCUGUGACAGGCCAGCGAUGACACCAGAGGUGCUGAUGCACUGUAAUGUAAAUAAACACACAUUUGGUUGUUGUUUUUUAAUCUGUACAGGAUUAUAGUUUGGUUAUUACACUAUUUAUAAUUUGCAUUUUCUUUUGCUGGUUUUACUAAGAAUUCAUAAACAAUGAUUUUGCUUUCACAUGGUUAUAAGACACUUUGAAUUUUGACCAGAUGGACACUAUUUGAUGUUUUCUCUUACAGUGGAGAAUAAAGUUUAAAAAAAGGAAAACUGUAUUAAA